GGGCGGUGAAGGUGCAAUACGAAUUUUGGAGCGAUCUCGGUGCUGGAAUCGUGAAAAAUAUUCUCCUUCUUCAUUCCACUCAUAAUAGUUUCUUCGACGACAAGUCAGAACGACGCAACUCAAACAGCAAAAACCAAAGGCUUGACUUCGAAACUUAUCGGUUCACCAGCACCGUCAAAACCGAAUUCCACAGUUUGUCUGCUCAUAAAUUUUGUUGCACUUCUACCAAAAAGCAAAACAAGUAACUAUGCUUAUGACUGAUCAACAAACUUUGACUUCUUCAAAGAUCGGACUAAAAAUGAACUUUGGUGGAGGAGAUGACGACUAUAGCCAGAACCAGCAGCGCGAAAGGCAGCAGCAAAUGGGCCAGCAGAUGGGCCAGAACCACCAGCAGCAGCAGCAACAACAACAACAGAACCAGCAGCAUGCGCCCAUGGGAGACAAUGCCUUCCGUGAGCUUCGUGAGAGGGAGCUUACUUUGGCCUUGAUGAAUCAGCAGAUUGCUAAUAACUCUCCUCAGGGCCAGCCGCCUUCCCUUACUCAGCCAUCGGGGCUUCCCAACUCCAUUCUUGCCGACAUUUACGCCUCGCAGCAAGGAAACCGCCAAGACCCCCCUGGAUCUCUGCUUUCUCAGUCUGCUCGCUUGCAGUCGGGUGGUGCCGGUCUAGGUGGCUUUGAUAACCAGAACCAGCUCCUCUACACGGAUGCCUUGAACCGUAUGAUGCCCUCUUCGACUGGAGGGGCUGGAGGACUGGGCAUGGGGUCAACGGGUUCUGGUGCCAAUCCUUACUCCAACCUUAACCUACAGUCCAGUGGUGGCGUCAGUGAUCCCUCCCCUCUCAUGUUCUCUGGUGCGUUGGGAGGUAUGCAAUCUGGAGCCUUGGCUGGAAUGCAAUCUGGAGCUUUGGCGGGUAUGCAGUCCGGAGCUUUGGCUGGGAUGCAGUCCGGAGCUUUGGGCGGCAUGCAAGGUAUGCAGUCCGGAUCAUUGGGUGGCAUGCAGCAUGCAGCAUUGGGAGGUAUGCAGUCUGGAUCAUUGGGUGGUAUGGGCGGAAUGCAGGGCAUGAAUCGUCUCCCCACCGGUGCCACAGGUGCUGCGGGGGGUAUGCCGAGCGGCGGCCUUGAUCCCUUGACAGCUGCUUUCUUGCGCGACAACAACAUCAUGCGCGAGAGACUCGGAGCACGCGGAACAAAUGAUCUCCAAAUGAACGCGGGCAAUUCUGGAUUGGUGAACCCUUUCCUCGGGGGAGGCAACAAUGUUCCCGGUGCCAGGGACUGGACCGCGCGGUCUCUUCAGCAACAGUUGCUGGCUGGGUCUCAGCUACCUUCCUCUUCUGCGCAGGCUGCCAACCAAUUCAUGGGAGGCCUGGGCGGUGCCUCAACCUUGGCCCUCCAACAACAGCAAGGCAUGGGGGCGGGAGACGGAGAAGAUGGUUCCAAGUUCCCUGUCUGCCUACCUGUGACGUUGGCUGUUCCAGAAGACAACCAGAAAUUGUCCAGCCACCAAGUGCUCUUGCGCAACCAAAUCGAAGCUUUCAAGGCCACGGAAGACGACUUGACCACACACACUCGCGGCCGCAACAAGCCUAUCAAGAUGGGCCAGAUUGGCAUCAGGUGCCGCCAUUGUGCCCGCCUCCCGGUCGCUCGUCGCCAAAAGGGAUCCACCUACUUCCCUGCCUCCCUUCAUGGGCUCUACCAGGCUGCCCAAAACAUGAACACCACCCACAUGCAGAGUGGUUUGUGCACGGAGAUGCCUCCGGAGUACAAACAAAUGUUCAGUGAGGCCAUGGCCAACAAGGUAUCCAGUUCGGUGGCGGGACGUCCCUACUGGGCCAAGACGGCCAAGCAGUUGGGGUUGAUCGACACGGAAGACGGCAUUCGCUUCGUCCGGGAUCUUUCUCCUGCUCAAAUAGCCCAAAUCAAGGCGAUGCAGCAGCAACAGUUGCAGCAAAGGCAAGGGGGCAACAACAGCACAAAAGGAAUCCCCGCCAGAUUGCUCUCGUAAGGAGCAGCAGUAACACAACGAGCACCCCUACUACAUCCAUUUGUGACGAUGAUACCUUCUCUGGUACUGUUACUCCCUACAUCACUAAAACUUUGUAUAAGAAAUCACUUUUCUAUACAUGUACUAUUAUAGCUCGGCAACAAGAUACUCAGGCUUGAGACCUACUCCCCGUCAGUACUAAAUACCUA